AACACGGCAAAGGGAGCAGCGAAUAACUGCAGCGCAGGCAGCGGAAGGUAGGAGGGGAGCGGAGUAAAUAAAUAAUGAGAUAGCUUGGAAUAAAGGGCUUCAGGGAAUGAGUCCAAACAACACAGGAGAAACAGCAAUUGAAACGUCUGCAAGGAAACAGGGAAAAGUAAGUGCGUGAGCUUAAAUCAAAGCUCUAAGGCUUUGUAUUGCCUCAAUGUGAUGAGAGUACAAUAUCAAGACGACCAGGAAAGACCAUCUGAAGAAGAGCUUAUGCCUUGGUUUACUGACCAACCGCAUGAAUUUGUGGUGAAGCCAACUGAGAGCACGAUAAUGAAAACAUCUGGCGUUAAAGAUGACGUGAGCUCAACGCUUGAUUUUUCAGAUGCAAAAAAUUCAUUUGAACACCACUGCUCAAUUUGUGAUCAAUACUUCCCUUUUAGUAAUGUUUUGGCACAGCAUAUGAGCAUGCAUACAACUAAAAAGCCAUUUGAACAUCCCUUCUGUGACCGUAAAGCUUCUCAGAAAGCCCAUUUGAAAAUUCACCUUCGAAAGCACAAACUAGACCAUUUACAACAGGGGAAAAAAACUGGAAGGAGUAAGACCAAUUUGUCGCCUAUAAGUUUUGAUAUCACAAAUACAAUGUCUGAUGGUAUCACUCCCAAUGACCCAGAUGUGACUGAGAUUAAUGUUAAACCAGUAAAUGGUGUUACUCUGUCCCUUGAGAGCUUGGAAGGAAAGGUAAUCCAAGCUGAUGAGUGCCCACCAUGUAUGUUCUGUAAUAAAGGCUUUCAACACUUAGAAGACCUCCAGCACCACGUGCUAAUUCAGCACAAGCCCACACUCUGCGAGCCAACAGUCCUCCGAGUUGAGGAAGGCUUGAGCCCUGUUGAAGAGGGGCCCAUUGCUAUAAGCUCGCCGGAGCAAGAGGCAAAUGAUGACAGUGAGCUGAGUUGUAAAGUUUGUGGACUGUCCUGUGAGAGUGUUUUGAAUCUGGAAACUCACAUGAGGAAACACAAGGAUUCGUUCACCUAUGGCUGUAAUGUAUGUGGCCGGCGUUUUAAAGAGCCUUGGUUUCUGAAGAACCACAUGCGGACCCAUUCGAGUAAAGCCAGGGGGAAAUCUCAGCAGGACUUGGAAGGUCCUGCGACGAUCAAUAACGUUGCUAUGCAGGAACAAAUAUUGGGAAAUUUUGUUUCUCCUUAUAAAAUGUGUAUGGUAUGUGGGUUUCUUUUCCCUAACAAAGACAGCUUAAAGGAACAUAGCAAAGUUCACAACAAAGAUUUGACUGAUCAAAUGGAUGAUUACUCCUUACAAAAGGAACUUGUAGUGUCACAGGAAGGAUUCCUACAGAUGCUGAACCUAAGUCCUUUCUCGUCACAAAGUUGCAACAAAUCUGUGAAACUGGGAAAAUGGAUUCCUGAGCUUGACGCUUUCAAUACCUAUCAGGCUUGGCAGCUGGCCACCAAGGGGAAAGUGGCAGUAGGCCGAGAGAAUGUCAAAGAUCCAGGGCAAAUAGCAAACUCGGAAAAUGAGGAGGAGUCCUCUGACAAAGAGGAAUCCAGUGAGCAGUGGGCCAUAGAUAAAAGCAAUCAUGGUACGACCUUUGAGAACCUGGAAAAGUCCAAGAUCAAACACAACAGUGUCGGUCAGAAUGGGUCUCCUCCAACGGGAGAAGUGGAUGUUGAUCCAAAAUUAACUCAGAACAAGCAUAAACCAACCAACUGCGCGGUGUGUGGAAAGAUUUUUAGAACAUAUCAUCAAUUGGUGCUGCACUCCAGAGUGCACAGGAAAGGCAGGAAAAGUGUGGAGACGCCACCAACUUCAGCUGAUGGCAGUGAACCUGGCAGUCAGCCCAUAGACUCUAUCACAGCAACAGAAGAUCGCAGUCCAGGGACCGAUAAGCCCGAGGAGGGCUCUGAAGAGGGUUCGGAAGAUGGAGUGCUAGGUGAAGGUCUGUCAUCAGAUCGGAGUGAGGAUGGCUCAGAACGAGGAAGAAGCAGAGAGUCUGGCUCAUCUGGUGAAUGCAGUUACUGCGGAAAGUCUUUUCGUUCAAACUAUUACCUCAAUAUUCAUCUCAGGAUUCAUACAGGUGAAAAACCACAUAGAUGUCCUCUCUGUGACUAUGCUGCAGCUCAAAAAACCUCACUCAAGUAUCAUUUGGAGCGACAUCACAAGGGUGAGCAGAAAAGGACUGAAGAAAGGAAUGAACCUCUGAAGAAUGCAUUGGCAUCUGCAAAAUUGGAAGUAGCACCAAAAGAAAUCAGUGAACCUGUUCAAGAAUCCGCUGACGGCAGAAGGUUGUUUACGGAUUCAUUGGGCAGUGCCAAAGAUUUAGAUGCAGACUUUCCUCGGGGGAAACAAAAACGGAUUCAUUCAUCUACUAGUCCAAUUUUUCAAAACGCUGAUUUUUCAAACAUGAGUAGGGAAUUCCCUGACCUGAACACAAGUACAAGUUUCCAUCACAAUCGACAGAUCUUUUGCAAAACACUUUUGCCUGUUCCGUAUGGUGAGAAAUCAAAGGAUGAAAAGCUGGUGGCUGAGCUGCAGAGAAGCAACUUGGAUGCAAAGGUUGUUAUUGAACUGGAUGAUUCUAAGGCCUUGGAGGGAUGUUUAAUGGCAGAAAAUAGUGCACAAGAGAAUAAUGCCAGAAGUAUGAAGGUGGAAUCCACUUCAAUAAAUGACCAAUGCUUCAUUAGUGCUAGAGGUAACAUGGAGGACUACUGUGAUAAAUAUGAAUCCAGCUUAUCAGAAAAGCCUUUAAAUCUUUGUACCACGGUAUAUCAGCAAAGCCUGUGCAGUGGUAGUAGUCCUCAGGGAAAUGCACCUACCUCAUUUUCCAAGAGUGCCUUACAGAGCAAUGCGUGUCCAUAUUGUACCUACAGAACUUUUUACCCAGAGGUCUUAGUAAUGCACCAAAGGUUGGUACAUAAAUAUAAUCUUGACCUAAGUCCAGUAAAUGGAUUUCGAAAUGCUUUUCAUAACGAGGCAAUUAAAAGCAGGCGCACUGGAUGCCCUCCUGCACUAUUAGGUAAAAAUGUUUCUUCUUUGCUUGCCACCAAAGAAAUGAGCAAACAGUUUUCACGCCGGACCAAGUCACCACUACCAGCCGGUCCACCGGAUGCUUCAGACUUGCUACCUGGAAAAGCAAAAUCAUCAUCUUCCUCUCACCAGUCUCUGUGCAAUAAUCUCCUUCCCUCUGCAGCAGAUUCUAGAUCUGGUGACUUCAAAGCUUUCAAGGUGACCCAGAAUCCUAACAUACAUCUUGAAAGCUAUGGAUCUGUACAUUCUGAAACUAGACAGAUGCAAGAGGUGGUGCAAAAGACAGAAAUAAAUGGAUCCUCAGAAGCUGGUACUAGUAAGAGAAAUAUGUCUGAAAUGUCUGGUACUAAGUUGGACUAUGAAUCUGAAGGACCCAUGGGACCUUUGUUUAGAUAUGACAGUCACUGGGCUUCAAAUGUUAGCAAAAUGUGUCUUACUAAUGUAUCUGAGAAUCAGGGAGGUUUGGACUCGCAUGAGCCUACAGCUAAAAGAAUGAAAAUAAAUAGUCCUUUAAGAAAUGAUCAGCUUUCAUUUGGAAUCAGGAGGAGUAUCCAAGGAAGAAAUAUGAAAAUAUCUCAGGAGAUAUCCCCUAUUCAGGCAAGAAGCACAGGGGUAUCGACUAAACCAGGAUCACCCUUGGAGUUAAGUGGAAUUGAUUCUCAUUGGAAUGUAUUGAAAAUUUUGAAUUCCUGCAGCCCACAAGAUCUUGCUUCACUGUAUGACACUUGUGGACCCAGUAACAGUAGAGAUCCUAAUACUACUCAAGAAGUGAAGAGGCCGCUCCAGUAUCUGCAACAUUCUAACAGUAUGUCACAAAAGCGGAGCAUUAAUCACUCUCUCGGUGGAUCUUUAGAUAAGGAGUACAUGACUCAAUGAUGCCCGUCGAUGGAAGAUUGGAGGAACACUGUGAAUGGAAUACUUCUGCAUCAAAAAUUAAGUUUAAAGGAGGUGUCAGCUGGUCCACUGAUGAAAUCUGAUCACAUUCGAUAUAUAGGAUCCACAUCAAAUAAGCUGUGAUUUGUACAUGUAUAGAACACUACUAUUCCAUUCAUUCUGGAUUGCAUUUUUUUUUGUUCAUACCUUGAAAUGUAAUCAGAGACUUUAUAAAUAUAUAUAAAAUUGCUUUGUAUUCCAUUUUGAUUCUGAACUUGAAAUUGUACCAUUUCUAAUUAAAAUUGUCAAGUUGUUUCUGUUUUUGCAAUAACUAUAUUGAUUACUUGGCACUAAUAAGUGUUGGGCCAUCAUUUCUGGAAUGUUGGGCUCUUUCAUUUUUUUUUGUUGAAAGAUUCUUCAAGCAGAGAACAGAUUUUUGGUACCUGAAGUUUAAUAUUUCUGGGAAAUUGCGUAACUCUUAUUGAGCUUUUUCUUCUACAUUGGAAAUAUGAGCAAUAAAUUGCAUGACCUGUGGUAAUGCUUCAAGCUUCAGUCUUCCAACUUUUUUUGGAUACUUUAUAGUCUUGGGUAGCACAGCUGUGGCAAGCAAUACUUAAAAAUUGUUUUGGUUCCCUUUAAAUUUGGGUAGGAUACUAAUGGUUUUUUUAGUUUUGUUCAGUUACCUCAAAGUCAUGAUUAAAGGCCACAUGAGUAUAUGGACAGGUUCAGCCAACAAAUUCCUGGUUGUCUGGAAAAAGUGCAUCACCUGAUUAUCACUUAGCAAAAAAUGAGAACUUGGUGGACAGUCUGAAAUGAAACAUGGGAGUUUGUCAUCUACAUUCUACUCUCACUUUAACAUUGCAACAAAAAUUGUAUUGCAUCAAACAUUUCAAAAUUAUUUUGCACAUGUCUUGACAAAACAUCAAUUUGGAAAUUUAAUUUUCAUUGAAGUUUGAUUUUUGUAUUAAAUUUGUGUUUUGAGUCCAUGUGGUUUCUUUAACCCAACUCAAUUUCAAACAAUGUUUCCACUGGCUAUCAAACUCAGUGUAUUGUGAUGGUGUAGGAAGAACUCUCGAUUUCCCUCAUGGCCUCGCUAAGAUUAUGAAUAUUUAUCAGGGAUCAUCAGUGAAACUACACAGUCGAAUGCUAUGUCGUAACACUUUCUCAGAAAGCUAAUUAUUCCAGCUUUUAGACUCCCAGAUGAAAUCGGCUAAUUGUAUCCAAAUGAUGGGCUCUUUGGGCCUUCCUUUCACCCGGGUAACACAUUGGGUCAUUAUUAUGUAAUGGGUCAGGAAAUGAAGCAGUAUGUCACAAGGGGUUAUGAGGUUCAAUGAUUGCAAGUAAAAGAUCGACUGGGUGUAAAACUAAGCAUGUUUAAAUGAACAAAAUUUAUGUUCUGAAAAGGAAUAGAAAGAUUUUAACAGAAAUUACCUGGAUUGGAUGAACAAUAUUUUGGGAGGAACCAACUUUGUUGCUGAGGUUCUAUCUACCUGAUUUUUUUUUUGCGCUUUUUAAAAGUCUUAACUUACUGAUCACAGUUUAGGGUUCUGUCAAAGCUGAGUAUUCAUCUCAUUUUCCCCAAAUUAAAUCUCACUCAGUGGACAUUGUGGAUAACAAGACUCAUUAUUUCCCGUUACUGUACUGGGCGAAUUUAAUUUUAUUUUGAAAUAACUGAAGGUAUUUUGCUGUAUAAUGGUACUCUGCCUUGAAUAAAGAUUUAUUGACCAGUCCCAUUUCGUGCAAGCUCAUUUAUGGCACAACCUUUUGUUAAUACAACAAUCUUUGAGACUUUGGAUGAACAAGUGAAUGGAAUGGGCAUCAUCAGCAAGUGCCGUAGCCAUUAGCAUGACACUAUUGCAGCUUGGGGCAUCAGAGUUCAAUGCCAACAUCAUCUGUAAGGAGUCUGCACCCUCCCCAGGAAAUACAUGGAUUUUCUCCGGGUCCUUUGAUUUCCUCCCACAGUCCAAAGUCAUACCAAUUAGUAGGUGAAUUGGUCAUUGCAAAUUGUCCCAUGAUCAGUUAAAUCAGGGGCUGCUGGCAGUGCAGCUCGAAGGACCACAAGGCACAAUUGUACCAAAAUUUGUUCAAUUACCGGUAGAUGGAAAUUUUGCAUAGUAUCCACAUUUUUUAAUCCUGCAUUAGUAGUUCCAAGCUUUAAUAUCUUAAGUAGUGCUCAUCACAGCUGUACUUAAUCUGUUAAAUUAAAAGUCAGUGAAGUGAAUUUUAACAACUUGGCCCUGUACAUUUAAAACAAUGUGUUGUCAAAAGGUUAAAUAAGAAUUCUGUUUAAGACAGUUUGUUUACUUGAAUAUAUCACCCUUAUGCCCAAAAUCCUGCAUAUAAUGUUUUAUGCACAUUAUGAACCUUUCAAACUGUAUUUUGACGCAUUGGAAAUAGUAAUUGUAUUUUACUUAAUGAAAAGGGCAGAUACAGAAAUCCUACUUUGUCUAGUUUGGAAGUUAAACUGCUAAAUUCCUAAAUGAAAAUUUUGAAUAAAGCCAAGAAUUAAUUAGUGUCAAUUGGGAGUUUGAUUUUUUAAAAAAAUGCACCAUCUUGCUCUCUGUUUUUGUGGGGUGGGGGUGCAGUGGUGGUGGUUGAAUUGGAUUUCAAGAAUUUGGCAUUUGACUUCUUCACAUUAACAUUAUCUUACCUGAGCUCUGAUGCCACUGUGACCAUGAACAUUAUGCAGGAAUUGAUAGGCCAUUUGUAUAUACUGCACUAGUGAAAGGAUGUUCUUAAUGUGUCCUUUACCCACCCAAGAGCAGAAGUUAUAUAUAAUUCAAAGAAAUUCCAGAUAGUUGUAAUUUACUUGGGUGAUCUUGAAUUGUAGAUUAAGGCUGUGUAUAACUUUUUGGUUUUUUAAAAUGUAAAUCUGGUAAUCUAAUCUGUUUCAGUGCACUUAGGCUAUUUGUUUGCUACUCACAUGUAUAUACAUAUGGGUGAAGGGCAUUGAUAUUUUGGGACUGCAAGCAGAUUUUAUGGAAAAUGAGGUUUUUGGAAGCUUUUAGUUUUCUUUAGACUAAAUGUAAUAGACUUAGUAGAAAAUAGUCUCUGAGUGCAAAAAUCAGUGUGCAUCACCCAUAAAAUGAUGUUUCAUUGUCUAUCAGCUCUUCAAAAUGCUUCUGACAUAAUGAAACCAUUCAACCGAUUACACUCUCAGGCAGUUUAAUCAUAAUUAGACUGAUUGGUGGCUAAGGUUUAAAAAGUUAUUGUUUUUUAUUAGCUUCCAACAUUCCAGUGGUUAUGUGAAGAAAAAACUAGCUAUGCAGUGAGAUAAUAUGUGUUUGGCUUAAACAUUUCAUGUAGAAUAUCUGAAUUGUGACACAUUUUACCAAGAUCCCAAAUUCUUAAUAUUCUGGAGGAGAGAACUGCCCAAUCUACUGAGCAUCUUUUUAUUCAGGACUUGCAAUGUUGACACUACUGACUCCCUAUGACCAUGGAUUCUGGGUUUUCCUUUACUCACCCCAUCUUGUGGAGAAGACUGAGCCAAAUAUAUAUAUAUGUACUAAAAUAAUAUUUUAUAGUUGCACUUUUGUAGCAUAUUUUUGAAAUUGUGGAUCAAAUUUGGUGGUCUUAAAUUAGCAUGUUUGAUUGAGAUUAUAAAAUUGUUGCUUUAGGGUGCAUGCCCAAUUUCAUUAAUUUCUAUUGAGUUUUGGACAUCUUCAUUUGCAAUGAAAUUUAUAGGGAAUUCACAUGCAUGAUUUUUGUUUUGAUCUCUCAGUGUUACGAUAUUAGAAGUUUGAUGUAGUUGGCUACAUACACUGUGGUAUGCAUAUUAAGGUACCUUUUAUUUAAUUCAGUUUUCUUUUUGUAUUUAUUACAUAUUCGGACCUAUCUGAUUUCCGUAAAACCAUGUUAAAUCAUGCAAGUGUGUUUCAAACUGUCUUUAAUUUAUAAUGUACCAUUGUUUGAUGUACGUUCAUCCAGUUUUGGAAUACAUAUGGUGUUUUACA